AUGAAUGCCUCCUCCACGCCAACAGCAGCGGCCGCGUUCACCUCCUCACGGAGGCCGCUGCCCUUCCGGCCGCCUCGCCAUCGCUGGAAACCUCGGGCGGGAACGGCGCGGAGGGUUACAUCGGAGCAGUCUUGUUUCCAGGUAAGAUGGAAGACGCGUCUACUUUUCUUCUUUUUUUUCCCUUGAUUCCGUAGAAUUCAAGCGGCAAAUUCUUUCUUAAUCGGAUUGCUCCCUUCCAAAACUUGUCUUCGACGUCACAUCUUUACUUACUUUAGUCGGUAAGUCUGUGUCCCAUAGGAAGAGCUCCUAGGCUGUGAGUGUUCUCUGAUGACUGGUGGUCUUUUACGAUGAGUCCUAGCGCUUGAACUCGUGCCUUGUUGGUUCUUAAUAUAUUGGCGUGGUUUUGAAAGAAAUGACGCCGAUGUAGAGCUUGAUGACAUGAUUCUCAUGAGGUUUUAUCCUAUCAAUUUCAAGUGGAUUAGGAUCUCACAUGGAUUCUGAACGACUAAUCGGUUCAGCAGGUUUUAUAAUCGGCCACCAUAUUUCAUUGUCAGGCCCCCACGUUGAGUAGGAUUAUCAUCAUGUACUUACUCCACAAGCGAAUAUCAUCAUGUAUUCUUACCAUCAAACUCUAAGAAGAAAUAUUAAGAACAAAUUAUGCUACGAGGAAAAACCUUCCACGUUUAACAAAUAGGGCGUGCCUCUUUAGGUUGAAUGCAAGAUGAAUACUUGUAUUUCUCACAACAUUUACAAGCUGAGGUAAUGAUACCCUAAGAAUUCUAAUAGUGCAUUAUUCGUUUUAAUAACAUUAAAUAUGGUCUGAUAAAGGUGAAGGGUGUUACUUAUCGUCCGCCUGGAACAGAGCACAACCUCUUGAAUGAAGUCAGCUUUUCACUUCCUGAGAAAAGGUAGGCAUGUAUUCAUCGGUAUCUGCAUUUGCAACCGCUGAAAGUCUAAUAUAAUAUCUUAAUUUUAUGUUUUUACUUAUGUAUGGUUUCAUCAGAAUGGAGUCAAUCAUCUUGGGAUCUUGUUCUUGCAGUUUUGGCUUGAUAUUUGGGCGAAGUGGAAGUGGGAAAACGACCCUGUUGCAGGUUUGUUCUUUGCGUGUGUUUUAAAUGGAUUUCCCAGAUGUUGUGGCCCGAUGUGAUUGGGGCACGUAUAUAAUGCUUCUUUCAUUCGGCUUCCGUAGCUUCUUGCUGGACUGAACAAACCAACAUCAGGCUCCAUCUCUGUCCAGAGAUGUGGAAACGAUGGCAAACCAAUUCGUCCCCCUGAAAAAUUAUCUCCAGAAAGGGUUGGGAUUGUUUUUCAGUUUCCUGAAAGGUUUGAAUUUCCAGUGUUCGCCAUUAGUUCCUUUUCUCCUCAAGUAUAUAUAUAUAGAUAGAUAGAUAGAUAGAGAGAGAGAGAGAGAGAGAGAGAGAGAGAUUGCUCUUACAUGCUGAAUAAUUUAUACUGUCGCUUAUGUAUUAAAGUUUUAUUGUGUUCAUUUUUUUUAAUACCAAUGUCAAGGUUUGAUGAAAAAAAUGUAGAUUUAAUUGGUGUAAUAAACAUAUGCUGCCGUGAAUCAGUAGAAUUGCUCGCCUAAUCUUAAAAAUCUUUGGGAUGUUACUAUCUUGGCCUGAAGAGGAUAGAAAGGGUGAGAUGUGUCAGGGUAAGAGGACGUCGGUGAUGGAGGACUCACACUUCUUCCCCCAUCUUCUCUUUUAUUAUGCAAAUCCAAAACAACAGGGCCUUCCCCUUGCGUGGCUCUACCCUCUAGUGCAUAAGAUAACAGGAUGGGCGCCAUGUUCUUUCUUCCCGUAUUCCCAUAAGAUCAAGGAUCGGAAUGAUAAGAUCAAGUGAGUGCUGAUGUCCGGAUUCGAUAAUGAUUUAAGUGGCAGUAAUGAUUUGUGGGUUUUAGGGCAUACUUCUUUUUUUCUUUUUUUAGAUUUUUUUGAUUCAGCUAUGUUAGAAUCUUGUGACCUUUGGACUUUGACCCUUGCACUUUUCUUUUGAGGAAGGGUAUUUUCGUCAGGCCAGCAAUGGAUCUUGAAUGGGAGAACAGUCUGCUGAUGAAUUGUUGCCGUCACUUUUUCUAAAUCAUGCCAAUUAUUUCACUUUCUUGUCUAUCAUUCUGUCAUUUUCGGUGUAAUUCGAGACAAAUACAAGAGUAUAUGUUCGAUUGUAGCUCAAUUCUUUCAUUUGUCUAUUCUGUCAGAUGAAUGAAAUGUCAAAGGUCUCUUUUCUGCCUUCAUACCAGGUACUUUCUGGCAGAAACCGUCCUUGAGGAAGUCACAUUUGGAUGGCCAAGGCAGAGGGCAGAUCAGGUUCUGAGAGAAGAGCUGGCUACAAGACUCCAAACAGCAUUUAAUUCAGUAUGGACGCUUCUUCCAAUGCAUUCUCUCGAUAUUUUAUAUGCCAUCUGUGAUUCCUAACAAUAUCAAUCAAUGUCCUUCGUUCAGAUGGCGCUCCCCAUGCUGCUCUCCAUUGAGCAUAUAUUUUAAGUAACAUCUUAAUUCGUGCAUUCAUGAAAUCAGGUUGGAUUGAAUAGGAUUUCAUUGGAUCAAAAUCCGCAAGCACUAAGCGGCGGUUACAAGCGGCGCCUUGCACUCGCAAUACAAUUAGUAAGAUGUAGUUCUGUUUUUCAACCGAGCCUGCUAUGUCAACAGAGUAAGUAUCUAAUCGACAUAGUUUUGCUUCAGGUGAACACACCGGAGUUGCUGUUGCUAGAUGAGCCCCUUGCUGGUCUUGGUAAAAAGAUCAUCAUCUAUUCUUGCUUACUCAUUUUAUGGAGAAUAUAUACAUUUAUUUUCUGGCGACAACCCUUGAUGACAAAAUUUAGUUUGCCCUGGUUUCAGACAUGCAAGAACUGAUGAAACUCCUUUCCUAUGAUAUAAUGCUAUAAGAUUGCAGCCCAUUUUCUUUCUUAUGUCACUUGAUUCCUUUCUCAUCAUUCUCAGUAAUCUUUGACAUCAGAUUGGCAAGCCCGAGCCGACGUUGUGAAGCUGCUGAAGCAUCUGAAGACUGAAGUUACCUUGCUCGUCGUCAGCCACGACCUAAAGUAUGAUAUCAAUAUAUUCCUUCCUAUAUAUAUAUAUAUAUAGAAGGUGAUCUUCACCUUGUUCAUUUAUUUCUUAAUGCAUAUGUCAGAGAGUUAUCUCCACUGGUCGAUAUAUCUUGGAGGAUGGGAAUGGGAGGGGCUCUGAAGCAGGAACCUAUACCAGUGGGGCGCCUGUGA